AUGGUCUCGCGUCAACGCUCUGCGAGCGUGCUUUCCCAGAACAACCCUUCGAUCGCAAGCACGCCCUCACCCGGGGGAAUGAACAUGAGCAGUGCAACUCCUGGUAGUGGCAUGAACACCCCAGGGACAGUACACUAUCUGCACGACCCCGAGCAACUGAGCGAGAUCCCAAAUUUUACGGGUAACUUCUUACCUAUCCCGACGUCAGGUUCAGGUGCGGGAUACAAUACGAUGAUGACCCGCCCGAGAGCUCAUACAAGUGCUGCCUCAUCGCCUGCGGAUAUUGGUGGUGGAAUGUUUGCCGGAAUGCAGCCCAGACAGCCUUCUCGAAAUUCAAUGUUACCGGGCCAGCCCGGUAUGGGAUUGCGACAUGUUUCGACAUCAGUGUUGGAUAAUCGUAAUGGGCCAGGUGGAAUGGUAGGAGCAGGGCCAGGACCUGGAAGCAUAGGGGGAGUUGGAAAUAAUAAUGGCGGGUUUCCAAUUGGGAAUUCCCCAAUGCAAAACGGAAUUCCACCUCCUCCUCCACCCCCUCCUCCGCCCCCGCCCCCCCCACCACCUCAAAAGGAUCCUGGGUACCACCCUCAUUAUGCUACCGUGGGGAGAGGAAGGGACAGCAUGAUGAACUUUUAUGCGCAACAACAGCAUUUGCAGCAACAACAGCAGCAAAAUCUGCUGCACCAACAACAGCAGCAGCAACAGCAGCAGCAACAGAGACUUCAACCCCAAUACGGGGCUUACAAUCCUCAUCAACACCCACCACUGUCCUCUUCGGUCCCCAAAGCUCAGUUAACCCCUAUGUCUGUGCCUCUCCAUAACGGGGUCAGUGCUGGUACCACAUCCGCCGUCAACGGCAACGGUAUCACUGUGCAACAGCAGUACACCCCACAUUCACAUCUCCAUCACCCUCCCCAUCAUCCCCAACGCCCUCCCCCUGAAGUGCCUCCUAUGUACCGCCAGCCAUCAGCCCAGUCCUCAGAGAGCCUCACUUCUUUUGUGCGUCUUGAAUCGUCCGAGGCGGAUUAUAUGUCUGCACCUCACCACCCCAACGGCUCAUCUGUAUCUCUUGUGCAACAACAGUCGGGCAAUCGUAGUGUUAGUGCUAGUCAGAUUCCCGUGGGGGGUAUUACCCGGUCAUCUCAUGUAUCCCAUUCUCAACAGUCUCCUCUUGUAGCAUCAAACUCGUCUGGUCCCCUCUCGUCAGAAUCAGAAGCUGCAAUCUGGACACUGGAUAGGGUCAUCAACUAUCUCGACCGUCACGAAUUUUCAAAGGAAUGGCAACAGGCUUUCCGUAAUCUAAAUAUCCACGGCCAAGAGUUUCUGGAUAUGGGCCAUCAUAGUUCCACAAGCCUUCUCGAACGCGUGCAACCAGAAGUGCUGAGAAUUUGUGGCCAACACGCCGAACCGGCAAAAGAAAGGCAGGCGGCAAAGAACAUCAAAAAGAUGGUCCGCGAGAUGUUGAAAUUGACCAAAGUUGUCCCAAACACCCCGCCGUCCUCCUCAGGACAGAUCAGUCCACAGAAUCGGAACGACUCCUUCUCCUCAGCCGAGAGGGGCGAAUCGCCAAGUAAGCAACCACAUCUGAAAUCUCCAGUCCAGACGCGAUUCAAUCCCAAUAACAGAUCGACAACCUUACCCGUUAUGCAUCCGGAUGGGAGCUACUCGUCCUCGACAGAGCAACCGCCGUACACUAGAGGCAGUAGCGACAGCAGGAUAGAGCAGCUACACCGUCCAAAUGGGUCAGACUCUGGCCCGAAGAGUAGAGCUCUCAAUAAUGUUGUCGACCAGGUGGGUCGACAUAGUCCGUCUAAUUCGGAGACAAGUUACCAGACUAUUCCUACCCAUAGACACGAGAAGAGCAACUCGACGGAGUCGAUUGCAUCAAGUAUAAAUAAUAGUAUGAUGAAUAGAGCAGGCGAUGGAAAGGGAACAACCAAAGCACUUCAAGUUUUAGGAGUACACCCCAAGCCGGUCGAGAGGCAAGAUACGCAUGAGAAGUCCAGGGGUACAAAGAUUGUGGAUAAGAUCCGAAGACUGGGGGCGAGGAAGGAAUCGAAGGAUGAUGAGAGUAUGGACGAUGUUGAUUCGCCAACUUCACCUGGUUGGAGAUCGGCAGGUGUUCCUUUUUCAAUCGCGGAACAUAAUGCCAGUGAUUCUUCGCUCGAUCGUCAUUCAAUUUCAUCGGUUGAUGUCAAUCUAAGAGGGAGGCAAAAGGUUUCUAGGGCAGCAACUGCAGCGAAUGGCGUUACUGGGGCUGCAAAUCAAAGAAAGUUUGUAUUUGCAACGAAAGAUGGAAGAAUCUGGGUUUUGGUUGAAGUUACGAAGCUGGAUACAGUGGAAUCUCUACGGAAAAUGGUUUGCGCGGAGUUGGGGAUUGGCGAGUGGGAUAUUGCAUCAAUUCAUCAGACGGAAGUUGGUCAAGGAGCGAAUUUAAAUGAAGAACCAGCUCUUACGGACGACCAGUUGAUACAAUCUUACAGGACAAAGGCAGAUAGUAUUGCGAGUUUGAGAUUUUUCGUUUGCCCUGCAGUGCAGUCUUACGAUGCCACAGCUGCAGCGAACGCCUCUAGUCAACUGAAUUCUCCAGCUCAGUUGGGUUUCUUCAACAGCGAGCAACAGCGAGGCUUGAAGCCGCACCCAUUGCAAGUUGAGCGCUCAAAGAGCCUGUUAAAUUCAGAAGCCUCAACAUUGAAACAAGAUGGUGGUCCCUUAGCGGCACGUCAGGACGAACUCUUCUUUCCCCAGGGCUCAGCACAGGGUGGAUCUUUCAAUUCUUUCCUUAACGGCCCUCAUAAGGGUUCUGCGGGUACUUCACAAUUGGAGGCCGCAGCCCAAAGUCGCAGGGGUGAGCUGGGUAAACAACAUCAACAUCGUGAGCCGGUACAGCAUAAAGGAUUUGAACGGGAAAAGAAUCCUGGUUUUGUUAAGGUUCAGACUGCACCUUAUGCAGGCAGGGGAGUGGUUGAUUUUGAUAACCCAAGAUCAUCGCCGUACGAAGAUAAGCAGUUUGAGCCAUUGAUCCCACAGAGGAGACCGCCGCCGCCACCGGCAGGUGCUUCCGCUCGUAAUUCAGUGGUUUCUCUAACUAGACGCGACUCAACGAAGAGUAACGCUAGUUGGAAUCAGGAUGAGCGCACUCACAUCGAGUACCCGCCCGUGCCAAGGAGGGUGAGCGUGCGACGACGGAAGGGGCAGGAAAUGUCAGAAGUCGGAACAAAGAGGAAGGCUGUCCCGCAGAUGCGACACCCUGACCUUGGAGUGCAGAGUGGGUUCCCAGCAAUUACUGGUAGUCCUGGAGGUGCUCUGGCUUCGCUACUUUCAGGGGGUUUGAUGGGGGCUGGCAUUACCAAAACACCGAUUCCCGGCGUUCCUAGGGAACUGACAAGGGAUCCUGCGCCAUCUGCAUCUACAGUUUCACUACCCACAUAUUCUAAUCAACCAAACCAACAAUAUCAUCAAGCAGGAGUUAACGAGCCUUCAGGACCACAGCGUGCAAUUGCCACAGUCAAUUUUGGAGAGUCAAGCUCAAGCAGCCCUCGCUCAGAAGUAGGAGCUGGCCCUGGGAAGCUCACAUUACACAUUCCGGAUGUUGCACGGCAAGCAUCGCCUGAGAUCAGCUUCGGCAUUGGCGGGGACGCUCCCCCAGGUAUUCGAAAAUCAGCAUUUGGGACUGAUGGGGAAAUUCCUUUCAGAGAAAACGAGGUUCACUUUGAUGGUGAUGGGUUUGAGGCUACGGGUGAACUAGAUGACGAUAAGGAUGACAGUGACGACGGGUUGUUUGCGAAACCUUUGAGGCAGACAAAGCAACCUAAAGUGGAAGUUCCGGAGGCUGAACCGAUUCCCGAGAGGCAAUUGGAUUCUCCAAAACCUACUUUGACACUCUCGACCAAGAAUGUGACAUUCAAGCCAACACCGAAUACCUCGGCGACAGCAAGCGGUAGUGCAACAACCGCGCAAUCACCCCCUACACCCGAGUUUGAAGAAGGCGAUGAUAAGCAGGGGCUCAAUUCGCCAGCUGGAUUCCAAAACCCAUGGUCGGCGCCUCAGUCGGCUGUUGCGCAAUCACCAGCAGACCUUAUGCGUAUCGGUCGUCAAGAUUCUUUCAACUCAAAAGACAAUUGGGCGUCGCGUCCCCCUCCAGAAGCGCUUAUUAACCAUCUUGACGAAUUUUUCCCAAAUCUUGAUCUUGAUCAGCCAAUUAUCGACGAGGCUGCCACUACUUCACCCCCUGCGUCCCCGGUUGUAGUUACAGAGAACGAACCGAAGACGUACCAAUUAACAGAUACACCUGCAUCCUCAUCUGCAUUGAUUGAAGGCACAUCGUCUGAUUCUGUACCCGUUGCGUCAGAUGCUCCGGGAAUCAAGCGGGCAGUACCAUCAGUGGCACAACGGAGUCUUGGUCGCUCACAACUUGGCAGAAUGAAGUCAAUUCGUGAAGUUGCUAAGGGGGCACACGAGCAGCGGAAGCGAUACACGAACCCAAAUAUUCAAGGAAUUAAAAACGGUGACAUUCUGCGUCGCAAGAGCACAAAAUUGUUUGGUGCAAAACUUAUUGAGGUUAAGCCCGGUGAAGGGAAGCGGGGAGCUAUGCAGCAACAAUUACAGGUCCAACAACCUCAACAACAGAUGCAGCAGCCGCUUGGUGGAAUUAAGCGUCAAGCUACCUUUAGGUGGUUCAAGGGACAGCUAAUCGGAAAGGGAACUUACGGGAGAGUGUACCUCGGAAUGAACGCAACUACGGGAGAGUUCUUAGCAGUGAAACAAGUUGAGGUGUCGAGACAUGUAUCACCAGGUGAAUCCGAACGCCAGAAGGAAAUGAUCGCUGCGCUCAACCAGGAAAUCGACACCAUGCAGCACCUCGACCAUGUCAAUAUCGUCCAGUAUCUUGGGUGCGAGAGAAGGGAGCUGAACAUGAGCAUUUUCCUGGAGUAUAUCUCUGGUGGCAGUGUAGGAAGUUGCUUGAGGAAACAUGGACGCUUCGAAGAACCGGUGGUUCGAAGCUUGACAAGGCAGACACUGAGCGGCUUGGAGUACUUACAUCGUGAGGGGAUCUUGCACAGAGAUUUGAAGGCUGAUAAUAUUUUGCUUGACGUUGACGGCACUUGCAAGAUUUCAGAUUUUGGUAUUUCGAAGAAGAGUGAUAACAUUUAUGGUGAUGAUCCCGGUAACUCUAUGCAAGGAUCAGUCUUUUGGAUGGCACCUGAGGUCAUCAGACCCGAGAAACAAGGCUACAGUGCCAAGAUUGAUAUCUGGUCGCUCGGGUGUGUGGUACUCGAGAUGUUUGCUGGCCGCAGACCAUGGAGUAAGGAGGAAGUUAUUGGUGCCAUCUACAAGCUUGGUAGCGAAAGACAGCCGCCGCCGAUUCCCGAGGAUGUCUCUGAAGUUGUUUCUCCAAGUGCUAUCGGAUUUUUGGCAGAUUGCCAUACUAUUGAACCAUCCGAGAGACCGACUGCUGCAACGUUGUUGAAUGAGCAUGAGUUCUGCUCGUUGGACCCGAACUUUAACUUCGAGGAAACAAGCCUUUACUUGAAGAUCAAAGGAACAUUUACUACAGAGUGA